AGUCUUAAUAUAUAUAAAAGACACUCACCGCCUUCAAACUGGAGAUUUAUCCCCUGCCGUCAACUGACCUUCCGUUUACACAAAACAUUCCCCCGCAACCAUUUUGCUUCCUUCACUCCCUCUACAUGUCUUCUGUCUCCACUCACACGCCUUCUGAACACACUCGAUAUUGGCACUAUCCCCAACCAAGCGCAUCCAGCUCCCAAAACCCUAUACCCUGUGACGCGCAAAACCAAUCAUCUCAUGUGACAUCUAGGCCAUCGAACCAAUCUAACGGUUAUGCAGAAGGUUUUGAUAUAAGUGUCAAAGUAAAACGAGCAUUUACUUUUGAAGAACUUCAAUCAGGUGCAUACUUCAAUUCUUUGGACGAAUCAGAUCUCCAGUUCUUUGGAAUGUAUGGUCAACCUGUUCUUAUCCCGUGCCCCGAAGAUUCGGAUCAAGGCGGCUGGAGCUUGCAAGGCCAAACCCACAUGCAACAAUGCGGCGAUUCCUCACCGUGCAUCACUACCGCCCAGUAUACUCCUCAUACCAAUCCAUCCUCAUUUCAGAUCUCGAAAUCAUACACGCUAGUCGAUUCUCUCGGGCAGUUAUCCACUUCAACCUCUGCACGAGCACCCAUUGGUACACGUGUUUCUGCUAUGGCUCCUGCAGCGCAUAGUGGCGUGAACCACAUCAAACAUGAAUCCAGUUUGAUGCAACAGGCCUUUGUGGACUUUGCAAAUCCGUCGGACCUCCCAUCAUCGAGUCCCCGCCUGCGUCAUUCUCGACGAUCAGCUUACUGAAGAUAUAAAGCCAAACCUCGCAACACUGGAUGACGAGCCGCCUAUGGAUCACCUACCAUAUCCGCCACCCGUUCAUUCGGUCCCUCCACGACAGUUCCAACCUUAUUCGCCUCAGGAUACAAUGUCAGAAUCUCCCUCUCCGUGCUCCCCUCAUAGCAC